AUGGACCUCGAAACCGACAUGUCACGUUUCGAUGACUUCGUCAUUCUGACUGCCACCUACAAGACAGUACACAAUCAUGAGCUCACGGUCAACCUGCUCUACCCCAAGAGCCUGAAUGAGUUAUCCCAACAAUUGCGCACUUGUCCAGUCCUCCUCCGCUAUCAUGGCGGGGGCCUGGUUGGCGGUUACAGCCUCUAUCCCGGCUUUUUCAACCCUUGGUAUCUUGAGCUGGCCAAAGAGAACUCAGCCAUCAUUGUGUCCCCGGACUACCGACUGCUUCCUGAGUCCUCUGUUAUGGAAAUCCUUGAAGACGUUGAGGACAACUGGAAGUGGAUACACCAAGCCCUGCCCGCUUUCCUCAAGCAGCAGACACAAGGAACCAUCCAACCAGACCUGAGCCGGAUUAUGUGCGUCGGUGAUAGUGCCGGUGGAUAUCUUAGCUUACAGAUGGGCCUCAACCACCCGUCCGAGAUUCGCGCCAUCAACGCGGUGUAUCCCGUGGUGGACUUCAAGAGUCCGUACUUUUGCAACGGGCAAGAAAGACCGGUGUUUAACAUGCCGACCUUCCCCCGAGACUGCCUUGAGCGCCACAUGGAAGAGGUUAAACGACAGGAAACACUCACGCAAAAGCCGGUGAUUGUAUCAUCCGGGGCUGGUAAUGAACGGCUGGAAUUGAUGUUCUCGCUCUGCCAACUUGGACGACUGGGCAGUUUCUUUCCUGACAACACAAUAGCCCCGUACCCCCUCAAGAAGCUGGACCAGGGCGCUCGCUUUCCAAGAGGCGGAGUUCUCGUGCUACAUGCAAAGGAUGAUACUGUGGCGCCGGUAGAACAAAGCUAUGGGCUGGCGAGAAAGCUUGCUGAGACUGAUCCUGAACUGAACUUCAAACUCAUCGUACGGGACGGGGAGCAUGGGUUUGAUCAUUCAGCAAAGCUGAGGGAUGAGUGGUUGUGGAAUGCAGUCCAGGACAUUCUGAAGGCCUGGCUCGAAUGA